AUGAUCCGUUGGAAGUCAGUGAAGAGCAGUCUGCUCUUCGGAGGCAUUUGCUUCAUGUUGUUACUCUUGGAUAAGAGCCUCGUCGAGUACAACGAGAAGCAGCAGCAGAAUCCUUAUAUGAGCAAUACUUACGCUGCUCAGAAAGCCAGUAGCGGCUCUGAACAUUCGUGCGAUCCGUCUGUGAUCGCCGAAUUGAACAGGUUAAGGAAAGCCGUUAACAAAGCGAAAUGCACUGCGAACAACGGCAAAGAGAUGGUGUGCCUACGCGAUGAAGCUGAAUUCUAUUUCCCGUUCUCUUUCAUUAAAAAGCAAUAUGAUGUCUCUGGAAAGAUGUCGAAAGAUGGCUCUCGCUUUGAACUCUACACCUCUUACUCAAAAAUUCGCGUGCCUGAAGGUGACUCUUAUGAUCCAGCUGGACCCUUUGGCCACUUUGCCACGUACAGCGUCGAGACGAGAGAUCGGGAGUUCCUAUGUCUACUCAAUGGAAUGCGACGCCGUAUUACUAUCCGAUCCAAAUUGCGCAGUAUGGCUUUGCAGCAUUACAGCAGGAUGUUAGUCAACAAAACGGAUCAGGAUUUGAUCGAAAAGGGCUUGGAAAGUGCGGAGUGGAAGGGAUCGCCGGACUCACAAGAUUCGAGCGAGCGCGUUUUCUACCAUGAUGAUGAAAAGGGUCCCUUGGUCAACAUCACAACCUCUGGAGAGCUAUCGAAUGCUGGUUGUUACGUAUUCUUGGACCAAUCGCCCUUACACCACGUCAUUUCAUUCGAAUGGUUAUCUAUUCAAAAUGCAUCCUUCACCGUCCUUGUGCGAAUUAUUGAAACCGACAUGCUGGUGCUGCUCAACUAUGUUGCUCAGCAUGAUUCACGCUGCGUUUGGAAUGAUUCGGUGUCAUUCGCAGGUAGUGAACAGGUGUCAUUCUCGUUCUCACUCGGUAAACCGCGAAAAGACUGGCAGUCCACUACUAGAGAUAUCUUGGUGGAUACUUCGCGGGCGCUAUCAAGUAUGAAUACAAGUAAAAAGAGGGACGGAAAUGUGAUACUCCACCCAGGAGAUAUCAAGCUAGUAUCGGUCGGAUUUCGAGGUGCUGUAAUUGUCAAGCAGAGAAUUGUACAAUCUCGGAAUGCUCAUUUCAAAUUCUUCUUAACGGCGGCCGAUUGGUUAGCUUCAAAUCAAGAUGAUGAGGGUGGAUGGGCGGUACCGGUAGAACGAGCUAUUGCUGAACGUCGACUUGUACUUGACGCUGGCUGGCAUUCGGCUAUGGCACAGGGUCAUGCUCUUUCCCUACUUACACGUGCUUUUGCCGCAACAAAGAAUACCAGCUACCUUGCUGUUGCUACCAGAGCACUAGAUUUGUUCGAAAAGGUCUGGAAUGCAUUCCGCAGGAGGGGCUGCGUAAUAAAACUGUUUGGAUAUGACUGGCAGUUUUGUUUUGAACGGGUUUAUUUAUUCGUUGAUUGGAUUAUACGACUUCAAGAAUGUCAAGCUGGGGGUGAUGAACCAUUGGAAGAAGUUCGUCGUGGAGUGGAACGGGCCUCAAAACUAUUCUCUACGGGUUUGGAUUCGCUUCGAGCUCUGCUACCUCUUUAUGACACUGGAAGUGGAUCGAUCUAUGAUCUACGACAUAUAGGAUUGCACACUGCGCCGAAUAUUGCGAGAUGGGACUAUCACGCAGUACAUGUUUAUUUGUUGAAGUGGCUUGUGCAAAUAACUGGUGAUAACGCCUUGAACGAAACGGCAGAUCGGUGGAUAGCGUAUUCUUGGGGACGAAAGGCGAAGCACAACUGA